UACCAACCAGAAACAACUUCUCAGAUAAGAUGUCUUCUGCACUGACAAAAUAUUUCUCCCCGGUUGUCAAUCACGAAGAAGAAUUAUGUCUUUUACAGAUUUUUAAACCUCUCUACGUUUUGCUUUCCGCUCUCGGAUUAUUUCCACUAUCCAUAAAAUUUCCUGAUGGAAUAUAUAAAACUAACGUGGAUCCUAAAAACAGCACAAUAAACUCCGCCUUCACAAUAUUUAUGAUUAUUGUAAUUCACGGCUCUUUCGUUUUUCAUUUACAAGAAUUGAAUAUCUCUAGUAAAGACAACGCCAUGACGGAAGGUAAAAUGACUCUGAUAAACUUCACCGUUGGCCUGAUUAUACAAGUAUUAUUUUGUACAGUUUCAUUUUUUCGUGUGAUGUAUGACAGAAAAAUAUACAUCACUAUUUUAAAUGACAUGGCUGACUGUUGGGAAAGGAUGGCGAUGGGUAAGAGAAGGCUAAUUCUUGGACGAUUGCGUGUGCAGGUGAACUGUGUGGUUCUACCUUCUGUACUACUGAGUUUUCUACUCAUACUAAUUUCUCAAUACACCGAAAUCAACCUUAAUAUCUGGAAACCAAUAUUAAUAAGUCUGACGUUUGAUCUACCUGAACUGAUACAGAUUGCAAUGCUUACAUUCUAUUUCGUAUUGGUUUUGAUAAUUGUGGCGCUGUUAAAAAAUAUAGAAGAAGAGUUGAUAUUAAUUUUGCAUGUGGCAAAAAACAAUCGGAAUUAUCCUGUUGAAGCUGACAUGAGAAUGGACAUGGGUGAGAUAAUGAAGGUAUAUGUCAAGACGCUGGGGUUAAAGCGGCAGGUGAACGCAGCAUUCCAGACAUCCAUACUGGUGGCGCUGAUGUCAACCUUCCAUCUGCUCGUCAGCUUGCCGCACCUGAUGUACCAUGGUCUCACCUUCCAGACUAAUUUCUCCACCCACGCCAUUAUUGAGUGCAGCGCCUGGGCGGUCAAUCAGCUGAUCAAAUUAUAUUUUUUAUCGCGCUCAGGCGAUCUGAUGACAUCACAAGUAAAUGAAAUUGGCCGUACUAUUCAUAAUAUUCCGAUAAGUGGGGAUUUAGAUUGGAAAGUAAUUUUAGAAGUGCAGCAUUUCUCAUCAUUGAUGACUUAUCAGGAUGCAAAAAUGACUGUAUAUGGCUUUUUUCCACUGGAUGCUACUGUUUCAUUUAAUAUGUUUGCGUCUGCUGCGAUGUAUUUAGUGAUAUUGGUGCAGUUUGACAAACCUGAAUGAAAUCUGGGGAAAUUGGAAUAGAAACAAAAUUCGUGAAGUCAUCCUAAAAAUCAAUUAAUUAUUAAUCAAUUAAUGGAUUCACUGAAAGGUUUAUUACUUUGUAGGAAUAAUAUAUUUAAUGAUAUGACAAUGUAGUUUUAUUAUAGAGUUACGGUUUUGUUCUAAAUUUGAUACAACUUUAAAUAAUGCACACGCUGAUUGGUGAGACAAAGACA